AUCGGAUAUAGAGAAAAAAGGAAGAAGAAAAAAGAAAAAUAAAAGAGAAGAAAACACAUAGAAAAGAAAGAAGUUUGUAACCCUAAAUAAAAGAGAAGAAAACACAUAGAAAAUUCCAAUAUGUAGAAUUUGCUGAGAUUACAAGAGAAAUUUCAUCUCUCUACAGAUUGCAGAUCACAGAUCAGUAGAUCACAGAUUUCAUUCCAAUUCUAGAUUCUAUCUAAAAACUUCGAUUUCGAAUUUCGUAUUUUCCAGCAUCAAUUCAAGUUACUUCUCGAGGAAAGAAAUUGAAGACAAUUCCAAAUAAUUGAAGGGAGGUUGUGUCAGUCUGCUCAGCAUGAACCUGCAGCAAGCUGUACAACCCAGAUCUUCGGCGAAUGGUUUUAAUAAUCGGCGUAGAGUUGAAAAAGAGAACAGUAAUAGGAUGGAGAUAAAAUCACAGCCUGGAAAAUCAAACCCUGAUAGAGGGACAAGUGCAGAUUUUGCAGGUGGUGGCAGAAGUGGAGGGUCUGAGAGUCCUUCGCGUGAUCGGCUUGUGUAUUUGACAACUUGUCUUAUUGGACACCAAGUGGAAGUCCAGGUUAAAAGUGGGGCUGUAUACAAUGGAAUUUUCCAUGCGACAAAUGCUGAUAAAGAUUUUGGAGUUGUCUUGAAAAUGGCUCGCUUGAUAAAGGAAGUUCCUCUUAGGGGGCAAAAGGUUACUUCUGAUUUUGUUAUCAAGGCUCCAUCAAAAACUCUUAUUAUACCAGCUCAUGACCUUGUGCAAGUUGUGGCUAAGGAAGUGCCUGUUACAAGGGAUGGAUUCUCAAAUGAGCUCCGAGGUGAAAGUAAGCAGGACAUAAUGUUGGACUCUUACAUAUCUCAUUCUCGUCAUGUUGAGGCAGGAAGAGAGCUUGAGCCCUGGAUGCCCGAUAAGGAUGAUCCACUGUGCCCUGAGUUGGAACACGUUUUUGAUUCACCUUGGACCAGUAGGAGCUGGGACCAGUUCAAGGUUAAUGAGACAUUAUUUGGUGUGAAAAGCACAUUCAAUGAGGAACUUUAUACAACGAAACUUGAGAGGGGCCCUCGCACAAGGGAAUUAGAGGAGAAAGCUAUGAGAAUAGCAAGGGAAAUAGAGGGUGAGGAAACUCAGGAUCUUCAUCUAGCAGAGGAGCGUGGUGUAAAUCCUUAUGACGACUUUGAUAUUGAUGAAGAAACAAAGUAUUCCUCAGUUUUUAGGGGUGUUGAUGAUAGUGGGUGUGCGGACGAGGAUAUAUUGUUAAAUUCACGUGAUGCGGAGACAUUUGGAGAUUCCACUUCGCCUGCUUUUGGCAGAUCCUUUGCUGAUGUCACUAGUGGGAAAAGUGGCAAAGGCUUGGAAGGAGGUAGAAUGCCAUCUCGAUCAUCAAUGAAGGACGAAUUAUACUCUACCCAGAUUAAUACCAGCCAGGAUUUCUUCCGGUGUGGUCCUUUGGCAUCUGAUCAUAGUGCCAAAGUCGUUGAUAGAUUUGAAGAUGACAACAGUAGGAUUCAAGAAAACCAUGCUGAUGAUCAAGGAGGAAAAACUUUUGUUAAGGAGACUUUAAAUGAGGAGGUGCACGCAGCAAAAACCAAUGUUGAAUCAGAUUUACAAUCAUCAGUGGAUACUAAAAGAAGUGGCUCUGAGAAGGUUGGUGUAUCUGUAACAACAGACACAAAAAUUCAAGAGAAAACCAGUUCUGGUGAGCAUUUAGAAGAUAGGUCUGGCAAAGUGCAUCUGGUUACAGAUCCCAUGAAUUCUCGUGGACGACCAGGCAGUUCUACGUCAUCCACAUCAGAAACCAGAGCUGCUAGCACAGCUUCAAGUGCUCCUGCUUUAUCACCUAGUUCAUCUAUGGGAUCAUUGUCUUCAGAAAAAUCGACAUUGAAUCCCAAUGCAAAGGAAUUCAGACUUAAUCCAAAUGCAAAAAGUUUUGUUCCAACACAAAGUCCUUUAAGGCCUCCUUCUCCUGUUAAUGAUGCUUCAUUUUAUUUUCCUACCACUAUGCCCACAGUGCCUCAUAUGCAUGGCAUGCCCGUUGGUAUUGGGGUUGGACCAUCCUUUGUCGGGCCACAGCCAAUGCUUUAUAAUCCUCAGGCUGCAGCCAUGCAAUCACCACAAGCAUAUUUUCCCUCAAAUGCCCCACAGUAUGGACAACAGAUGAUUGUCGGUCAUCCUAGGCCAGUCAUGUACAUGCAAGGCUACCCUGGGGAAAUGCAAUACAAGGGGCGGGAGUAUUAGACAAACUUUUGAGGCCAGCUGCAUCUCAGCGGCAUUACAUUGUUUACAACAAAUAACAACGAACGAUCCAAGGAGAAAUUUUCAUAUAUGCUUCUCAUGUACCAAUUCUCCAGUGGAGACGGGGUUGUUGGCAGAAAAUAUUGUGCUUCUGGUGGUCAUACUGAUCAUGCCUUGUAUCUCUGUGUUCUAUUAAACAUAUACCCCUUCUAGACUGCUUGUUCUCAGAUUUCCUUGAUCAUAGUUUUUUUAGGACCAAUUUAGUAUAAUCACAGUGUUCUUUCCCAACACUCUUCUCAGAUUUCCUUCAUCUUUAACCUGUUUAUUUAAUGCUAAUUUAGAAAUAGUUAGGAACGUUA